AUGUUUCGGCUGCUCGCCCUGGCCUCCGGCGUAUACGCCGUGCCGUUCGUUUCCGAGCCUCAAACCACUGUCACCUCGGAGCCUACUAUCACCCCGUCACAAGUCGCAGUCACCAAUGUGACCUCCCACGGUCCCUACACGGGUCCCUCACCGACCACAACCGGUGCACUCUCAACCAGCGUCCUAGCCUCCGAGGUCCCGAUACUGCCUCCUCCAGACGACGCCUACGACUACCCGGCGGACGGCAAGCUCCACGGCGACCAGCCCGCGCCGUACACGCCUUCGGGCGGCAUCGGCACCAACGGCUCAGCCCCAGUCUACCGCGUCCAGAGCGACUUUGAUUACCAAUCCCUUGCACUGGCGCUCUACCAGGAGUACAUCGAGCUCGACCUCUUCCAUUGGGGUCUUGCAACCUUCUCCGAUGCAGAGUUCGAGGAGCUCGGCCUGAACGCCGAGGACCGUUACCUCCUGCAAUUCAUGGCGGAGCAGGAAAUUGGCCACGCCACCGUCAUCACAAACAUGCUCGGCGCUCAGGCGCCCAAGCAAUGCACCUACAACUACCCCGUCACCACCCUACGCGAGUACAUCGACUUCAACCAGAAGCUCACCCGCUGGGGCGAGUCCGGCGUCUACGGAUUCCUGCCGCACCUGAACUCCGGCCCGGCAGCCCAGCUGCUGUUACAGAGCAUCACGACCGAGGCGCGCCAGCAGAUGAUCUUCCGCCAGUUCGAGGGCCUGUUCCCCAUGCCAGAGUGGCAUAUCCCCGGUAUCCCACAGAGCUGGGCCUGGACGCUCCUGGCGCCGUACAUCUCCAGCUGUCCGGCAGACCAGACUCGCCUCAUCUGGCAGAACUUCCCUGCCCUUCACAUUCUAAACCAGCCCAACCCUUACCGCAUCAAUGGAUCUAACGUCUGGAAUGAGACUACCGGCGGCUGGGCGAACACCGCGGCGACGACAAACAUCACCGAUGCGGAGUCUUGCGUCAACGCUACGGAUUCUCUUCAGGAUUGCAACGCUGCCAUCACUCAGAACCGCACCAUGCCUCUAUCGUACCCUGGUCGCCAGGUCUUCUUUCAAUGGGAUGCUCCCGGUCAGGCAGUCGGCCCCAACAACAGCUACAUCACCGCGACUAAUGUCGUGGAGCCAAAGUUCGCCGCCUGGGUGUCUCAGUUGAACGUCACCUUCUCGCCCCUUCUGAAUGUCAGCCUGGAGUCUCGUACUGCGUAUACUAUCCAGCCAAAUGUUUCGACAUGGGAGCAUGAUCCCGCCAUCAACUCGACCAUGUUCGUUGCUCUUACGGAUACUGAUACGUAUGUUACGGCUCACAACUUGACAAUGAUCAACCCCCAUGUUGCUGCGCUUGCUGUGUAUCAGGCUGGUUAA